GCGCUUCGCUCGCGCUGGCGUGUCCGGCCAACCAAAACAUCGUGUCGAUCGAGUACGCUUCGUACGGCACGCCGGCCGGAACGUACCCCAACUUUGUCUCGACGUGGUGCGACGCGCCGGACAGCGCCACGCAAGCUGCCGCCAUCUGCGUCGGCCACAACGCGUGCACGCUCGACGCCAACAGCGGCGUCUUUACCGACGCGUGCCCAGGUGUUGCCAAGCGGCUCUCUGUGAUUGCCGAGUGCGUGGACGCCGACCUCGUCGGCAGCUCGGCGCUGGAUGGGGCGUCGGCGACGAUCCAGUGUCCGCAAGGCGAGUACAUUGGUUCGAUUCCGUUUGCGAGCUACGGCACGCCGACGGGCGAGUUUCCCGACUACGCCGCCGACCCGACGUGCGAUGCGGCCGGUGCCGUGGCGACCAUCGGUGACCGGUGCAUCGGCGAGAAUGCGUGCUCGGUCGACGUCCACAGCGGGACGUUUGGCGACGACCCGUGUCCGGGCGCCACCAAGAAGCUCGACGUGACGGCCAAGUGUGUGCCCAACAACAUCAUCGGCACGAGUGUCGCCCAAGACAGCAGCGCGUCGUUGCAGUGCCCGGCUGGCACGUACAUCUCGGCCAUCGACUUUGCUUCGUUCGGCACGGCGACCGGCAUCUUCCCCGACUUUAGCGUCGACCCGACGUGCCACGCCGCCGACAGCAACCUUGUCGUCGGCUCGAGCUGCCUCGGCAAGAACUCGUGCACCGUGGCCGCGACCGCCGACACGUUUACGGCGGGUCCUUGCGCGGGCUCGACCAAGAGUCUGUCGAUCGUCGCCGAGUGCAUCUCGAACGACAUCAUCGGCACGUCGGUGCCGCAAGGUGCAGUGCUGCACUUGAGCUGUCCGGCCGGCAAGACGGUGCAGUCGAUCGACUUUGCGUCGUUUGGUAAUCCCACCGGCCACGUCGGCUCGUUCGCCACCGGCUCGUGCGACGACCCGAGCUCGGUGGCCAUCGUGCAGCAGGCGUGCCUCGGACAAGACUCGUGCUCCGUGCCGGCCAACAACGUGUUUACGGACAACUGCUACGGCGUGCAAAAGCACCUCACGGUGCAGGCCACGUGCGCGACGCCGCCGCCGGACCCGCAGAUCAUUGGCGGGUCGGUGCCCGAGCAUGGUACGCUGGAGCUCUCGUGUCCGGCGGGUCAGGCCAUCGACGCCGUCUUGUACGCGUCGUACGGUCUCUCGGGCGGCGCGUUCCCCCGCUUUGUCAACGACUGGUGCACGUCGCCGUACUCGGAGCCCGUCGUCGAGUUUCUCUGCCUUGGUCAGACGUCGUGCUCCGUGCCGGCCGAGAGCGCUGCCUUCAGUAACCCGUGCGUCGACACGGACAAGACGCUGAGUGUCACUGCCCACUGCAAGGACGCGGCGCCGGUGAUCGUGACGCCGCCCAACCCGGACCCGACCAUCAUCAGCGCGACUGCCACGGACGGCAACACGCUCUCUCUGCAGUGUCCCAACAACUUUGUCGUCGGACCGGUGCUCUUUGCCUCGUACGGCACGUCGGCGGUGCAGUCGGGUGUCAACACGGUCAGCUGGUGCCACGCGCCGUUGUCGGGUCCUGCCGUUCAGGACGCGUGCACCGGCCAGAACGCGUGCUCGAUCGACGUCUCUCCCCAGGCGCCGUACUUUGGCCAGGACCCGUGCCUCGGUGUCGAGAAGCACCUCACUGUCCAGGUGCAGUGCGUGGACCCUGACUUGAUUGGCGGUGUUGCGGCGGACGGCUCGUCGCUCGACCUGGCGUGUCCGGCGGGCGACGUCGUGGGCGAGAUCCUCUUUGCGUCCUACGGCAACCCCACGGGUGACGCGUCGCUCUUCCAGAAGGGCUGGUGCGACUCGAUGUACUCGACCAACGUCGUCUCGUCGUUGUGCCUCCACCAGGCGUCGUGCAGCAUCCCGGUCAACACGGGGUACGACUUCUUGGAUCUGGUCUCGUGUUCUGACGCAUUCUCUUGGUGA